AUGUGUGGUAUUUUCGGUUAUUGUAACUACUUGGUCGAAAGAUCAAGAGGAGAAAUCAUCGACACUUUAGUUGACGGUUUAGAACGUCUAGAGUACAGAGGUUAUGAUUCCACUGGUUUAGCCAUUGAUGGUGAUGAGCCAGACUCCACCAUGAUCUUCAAACAAAUUGGUAAAGUUAGCGCCCUAAAGAAGGAAAUUAAAAGACAAAAUCCAAAUAGAGAUGUCACUUUUGUUUCUCAUUGUGGGAUUGCUCAUACAAGAUGGGCUACUCAUGGUGAACCAAAACAAGUUAAUUGUCAUCCACAAAGGUCAGACCCAAAUAAUGAAUUCGUUGUCGUUCAUAAUGGGAUAAUUACUAAUUUUAGAGAAUUAAAAACUCUAUUGACUAAUAAAGGUUUUAAAUUUGAAAGUGAUACUGAUACUGAAUGUAUUGCUAAAUUGUUUAAACAUAUUUAUGAUACAAACGUACAAAAUGGGAAUGAUUUGGAUUUCCAUGAAUUGACGAAAUUGGUCCUAUUGGAAUUAGAAGGUUCAUAUGGGUUAUUAUGUAGAUCUUCUCAUUAUCCAAAUGAAGUUAUUGCAACAAGAAAGGGAUCUCCAUUAUUAAUUGGUGUUAAAUCAGAGAAAAAAUUAAAGGUGGAUUUCGUCGAUGUAGAAUUCCCUGAUGAUAAUAGACCUGAAACUCCAAUACAUAAUGGUACCAGUAAUCAUAUUAAUGGUUCAAGAAUUCCUAAUGGAAAUGGUCCUACCACUACGAACGGCAAUAGCAACCAUAUUAAUGGAUUGAAAAAAGCUCAUAAUCUUUUACCAAUUGCCACUAAUGAAUUCAAUUUAAGACACUCUCAAUCAAGAGCUUUCUUAUCUGAAGAUGGUACUCCAAACCCAGUGGAAUUCUUUUUAUCUUCUGAUGCUGCUUCAGUUAUAAAACAUACCAAGAAAGUCUUAUUCUUAGAAGAUGAUGAUUUAGCUCAUAUUUAUGACGGUGAAUUACAUAUCCAUAGGUCAAGAAAGGAAGUAGGUGCAUCCAUGACAAGAUCUAUUCAAACAUUAGAAAUGGAAUUGGCUCAAAUUAUGAAAGGGCCAUAUAAACAUUUUAUGCAAAAGGAAAUUUAUGAACAACCUGAAUCCACUUUAAAUACAAUGAGAGGUAGAAUCGAUUUCGAUAAUAACUCUAUAAUGUUAGGUGGUCUUAAAGCUUGGUUACCUGCAAUCAGAAGAGCUCGUAGAUUAAUAAUGGUUGCAUGUGGUACCUCGUAUCAUUCAUGUCUUGCCACUCGUGCAAUCUUUGAAGAAUUAUCUGAAAUCCCAGUUAGUGUCGAAUUAGCUUCUGAUUUCUUAGAUAGAAAAUCUCCCGUUUUUAGAGAUGAUAUUUGUGUCUUUGUUUCUCAAAGUGGUGAAACUGCUGAUACUAUGUUAGCAUUGAAUUAUUGUCUAGAGAGAGGUGCUUUAACUGUUGGUAUUGUUAAUAGUGUCGGGUCAUCUUUAUCUAGAGCUACUCAUUGUGGUGUCCAUAUUAAUGCAGGUCCAGAAAUUGGUGUCGCCUCAACAAAGGCUUAUACAUCACAAUAUAUUGCUCUAGUCAUGGUAGCAUUAUCAUUAUCUGAUGAUAGAGUCUCCAAAUUAGAAAGAAGAAAAGAUAUUAUUCAAGGUUUAAAAUUAAUUCCAGGACAAAUUAAACAAGUGUUAAACUUGGAAGAUAGAAUUAAAAAAUUAUGUGAAAAUGAAUUAAAAGAUCAAAAAUCCUUAUUAUUAUUAGGUAGAGGGUAUCAAUUUGCAUCCGCUUUAGAAGGUGCUUUAAAAAUUAAAGAAAUUUCAUAUAUGCAUUCUGAAGGUGUUCUUGCAGGUGAAUUAAAACAUGGUGUCUUAGCAUUAGUUGAUGAAAAUCUACCAAUAAUUGCAUUUGGUACAAGAGAUUCUUUGUUUCCAAAAGUCGUUUCAUCUAUUGAACAAGUUACUGCAAGAAAGGGUCAUCCAAUUGUUAUUUGUAAUGAAAACGAUGACGUUUGGGCCAAAAAGGCAGAAAGUGUCCAUUUGGAGACUUUAGAAGUGCCUCAAACUGUUGAUUGUUUACAAGGUCUAUUAAAUAUCAUCCCAUUACAAUUAAUGUCUUAUUGGCUUGCAGUUAAUAAAGGUAUUGAUGUUGAUUUCCCAAGAAAUCUCGCAAAAUCUGUUACAGUUGAAUAA